AAUCCACGAUAGCUAAGUCAAAACAAGGACAAAUCAUCUCUCUCUACUCUCCUACAACUCGAUGUCCGGGAGGACACUACAACCACAAAACAAAUAGUUUGUGAUCAAGACAAGAAGAAGAAAAGUAUAGUUGUAAUGGAGUCGUCGUCACCGUUCAGAUCAGAUAUCCUCCAAGGAAAAGUAGCCCUCUUGACCGGAGGUGGUUCCGGCAUCGGUUUCGAGAUCUCCAACCAGUUCGGCAAGCAUGGUGCCUCUAUCGCCAUCAUGGGCCGCCGCUCCUCUGUCGUACAAUCCGCCGUCUCUACGCUCCAAUCCCUCGGAAUUCCCGCAGUAGGUUUUCAGGGGGAUGUGCGCAAACAGGAAGAUGCAAAGAGAGUGGUGGAGUCCACUGUCAAACAUUUUGGGAAGCUUGACAUUCUUGUCAAUGCUGCAGCCGGCAAUUUUCUUGUUUCACCUGAGGAUUUGUCUCCCAACGGUUUUCGAACAGUGUUGGAUAUUGAUUCUGUGGGUACAUUCACAAUGUGCCAUGAAGCUCUCAAGUAUCUUAAGAAAGGAGGUCCUGGGAGAAGUCCAUCUUCUUCUGGUGGAACAAUACUAAAUAUUAGUGCCACUUUACACUACACUGCCUCUUGGUAUCAAAUCCAUGUAGCUGCAGCAAAGGCUGCUGUUGAUGCAGUUACUAGAAAUUUGGCUCUGGAAUGGGGUACUGACUAUGACAUUAGAGUAAAUGGGAUUGCACCAGGUCCCAUAGGUGACACAACUGGUUUGAGAAAACUUUUACCUCAAGAGAUGGAUGGGAGUAAUCGUGACAGCGUGCCUCUUUACAAAGUUGGGGAGAAGUGGGAUAUUGCUAUGGCUGCUCUCUACAUUUCAUCAGAUGCUGGAAAAUAUGUAAAUGGAACAACUUUGAUAGUUGAUGGGGGACUCUGGCUUAGUCACCCUCGUUAUCUGCAUAAAGAUGCAGUUAAAGAGCUUUCGCGAACAGUGGAGAAAAAAUCAAGAGAUGCACCAGUUGGUGUUCCUUCAAGCAAACUUUGAUCUCCUCCCCUCCCCUAUCAAAUACCAGCCACCAGCAGCAGUAGGGUGUCUGCUUUGCAAGGAAAGGAAAAAUAAAGGAAAGUAAUAUUUAAUGCCCAAUAAAUUAAUUGCAGAGCUAGAAUGUGACCAUUUGAAAUAGAAGUACAUUAUUUGGCCAACUAUUAUCUUUUAGAUUGGUAUUGGUAUUGAUGUUAAUACUUAUUGUUUCAAAAGUUUAGCUAUUCCAUUUUCGCGUAGCUACCUA